UGGUAGUUAUAUCAACAAAUCACUUAAUUUUUGGUUUAGUGGGCCUUUAUUUUGGCAUGAGGAGGUGCAAAGUUUUAUUCCUUCCUUGUAGGUAAAAAUAUGUAUUGAAUAUGGAAGCCUUUUUUGCCGCAGCCGCGCCGAAGAUGUAAAAUACGCAUAACUCCGCGUGAUUGCGAUAGGCGUCGGAAGUUCAGUUGUUUAUUUUGCUUGUUUUGGUCGGUUUGAUCCUGGCUGCGGGCUGUGUGGGUGGGGUUGAAUUUCGCUAUUUGCAGUUCUGUGAUACUGCAGAGACCGUAAUUUCGUUCAAUGGUUGUUGCAUGAGCUGUCAGGCUGGCCGGCUUAAGUCCGGCUUUGGCUUUGAAGGACAGCAACAAGAAGAUCACUCAAGCUGCCAGAAUGUUUCUAUAUGCUCAGUUAUUUUUCCUUUGACAUAGUAAGUGUCAAUUAUCAUGGGUGCGAAGCCAAGCACAGCUCAAGCAAGUCCUGGAGGCAGGGAGCGACCUUAUCCAAGCAUAGAUGGAAGUUCUGCAUAUUAUGGUGGAAGUCCAUCAAGCUCAGCGGCUGGCCCAUCAGGAUCGCAAUCCAGCUCGGAGAGGGCCAGAGCAAGGUCCCUAUCAUAUGUUCCAGAUGCCAGCACAUCUGAAUCAAGUGGUCCCACAUUUGGCUUGGGAGGAGUUGGAAGUUUUUUGAGGGGCAGAUCAAUUGAUGUUGGCAGCCAGCAAGCCAACUUCAAUUCUCUUGAAUCACUUGCUGAAAAUGGAGGUAUUGGGCGAUUCCUGGGUGCUCACUCUCUUCCUGGAAACUUGUGGUCUCUCAGUCCAAAUGGCAUCAAGUGUCCGGUGUGUAACAAGUUUGUUCUGCCGGACGAUGUCGAGUGCCACAUCGUCAUGUGCCUGACCAAGCCGCGCAUCAGCUACAACGAGGACGUGCUUACCGAGGAGAAGGGCGAGUGCGUCAUCUGCCUGGAGGUGCUCGAGCAGGGUCACGUGAUCGCCCGGCUCCCCUGCCUCUGCAUCUAUCAUAAGAGUUGCAUCGACGAGUGGUUCCAAGUGAACCGGACCUGCCCGGAACACCCUGGCGACUGACCGGCAGCCAUACGACGCUGGUCACAGGCUCGCGGCCGACGGGGAUCGAACCCGCGACCUUCGGCUUGGUGCCGGGCCCAGUGCGAUACAGUGGCUCGCCCCAUGGGACGCGCGCGUCGCGGCUGUUUUGUAGCUCGCUGUGGGCGGGCCUGUGAGGCCACAGUGGCAUUGUGUGAACGGUGAUCGUGUGGGAAGUCGGGAGCUGGAUUGAGCUGUGACGGCAUUGUUGGUUUGUUCCGUCAGUGACGUGAAUCGUUUUAAGCCGGCUCGGUGACUGUUUUGAGCCGAAGAUACGCCGGGACGACAUUGCCGUGAGGCGCCGUUGAAAUUCUAUCAGCGCUGUUGAAUUUUCUGACUGGCAUUGUUCCUUGUUCGGCGGUGAUCAGCCGUGCUGGAGCCAAAGCGAUGCGCCGUGGCGGGACCGGAGCUUUCUCCCAACCGGAGGUGCUGGCGGCCGGCCGUCUUGGAUGUGAUACACUGCUUCGGCGGCGCGACUGUGACUCGUGUAACGUCACAACGCAACAGACUAUUUUGUACAGGGCAAUAACGGCGAGUGGAGCGGCCGAGCGCCGGCCGCGCAGGGCUCAAACGGGCCGCUUCAGAGGGCCGCCGGCCGGGCUUUUACCACUGCCGGCGCCGAGGACUGGAGGCGCGCGCCCGUGGCGGCGCGGAGCGGCCCCGGUGCCAUGGCGGCGGCGGCGCCGGGCCGCCGAUUCUAGUCAGUCGCCGGCGGCGCCGCGCCGCGCCGCACAGAGGAGCUAUUUUUGUGAGCGGCGCGCCCGAGCCGCUCGCUGUUGUGGUAGCCGUCGCGUCGUGUCGAUGUUGAUUGUGGUGGCCGCGUGGUGGGGCGCGCCGUCGGCCGGGUCCCGCCCCGUCCGCUCUCCCUUCCAGUUCUGUAAUAUACCCGACUCCAACCCGGAGGCCGGUUGUGCCAUAGCCCGAGAGUGCAUGAUUACCUGAUGCCAGAUCUUCCCUCCAGCCCACGUCUACUCAGGCCACUGUCACUUGCCCUUACUUUGUUUUCCUAGAGCCUGUGACUUCCCCGAAGUCUAAGGGAUUAUGCAUCCUUUUCUGCAAUGUGUUUUUGGUACAUUCGAUCCCCGUCUCGGACAGGUUGUUACCAGGGCAGUUAUCGGACCAAAAGGUCACCGGCGGCUGAACGAAUGCCCCGGCGACUCCGCACUUGUGAGCAUUACAUAGAGGCCAUACCGCUGUGAAUUUACUCUGUGAACUGACUUGUGUCUCCGCGAGCCCUUGAAAACGAUAGCCCUGACUUUGGAUAGGUUAAUUCCUUUCCGUUCGCUGUUUGUCGAGUGGCUGUUGUGAUUGUGUGCGCUGCCUAUCUGGGCGCCGCACCCCCCGCGGCGAGUCUGCUCCAUAGGGGACCGGCCGGCGGCGGCGGCCGUGACGCCCUCACCUGUGACUGUGACGUCUGCACCUGUGACUGUGGUGUUCGGACGUGACAGAGGACCGAACGUCAGCGGCCAAUACACGACAGACGGCC